AUGUCAACUAAACAAAUUCAGAAAAAAGCCAACACAGCAGUUCAAAGCAAGAAAUCUUAAAAGAUAGAAGAAAAGAAAAAAGAUUAGCUUAAGAAACUUGCUGAAGAAGAAGAUGAAGUAGAAUAAAGUAGUGACGAAGAACAAGAAGAAUCCUAAGAAUUAAAUGAUGAUUCAGCUGAAAAAUAAUAGGCUAAACAAGAAAAUAAGAAUGGAGAUUAAGAAAAUAAAAGCGGAAGCGAAUACUUAAAAGAAAUUUAAAUUGAUGAAACUGAAGAAAAAGAAGAUGUGACCUUUUAAAGCUUAGGAGUUUGUGAAGAAUUAGUAGAAGCUUGCAAUAGAUUAAAAUAUGUGAAACCCACUGCAAUUUAAAGAGAAUCUUUAGUUUAUACAUUAAAGCAAAGAGAUAUUAUUGCUUUAGCAGAAACAGGUUCUGGUAAAACUUUAGCUUUUGCUUUACCUGUUAUUCAAAAUUUGUUAGAUGCUCCUCAACCUUUCUACGCUUUAGUUCUUUCUCCUACAAGAGAAUUGUGUAUGUAAAUUGCUGAGCACUUUGAAGCUUUGGGUGUUGGUAUAAGCUUAAAGACAACAGUUAUUGUUGGUGGUCUUGAUCCUAUGGCUUAGGCUAUUGCUCUCUCUAAAAAGCCCCACAUCAUCAUUGGUACUCCAGGUAGAAUACUUUAUCACAUGCAAAACACCAAAGGAUUUAAUUUCAAGGCACUCAAGUUCUUAGUUUUGGAUGAAGCUGAUAAGUUAUUGAAUAUGGAUUUCGAAAAGGAUAUCAACCAAAUUUUGGAUAUCAUUCCUAAAAAGCGUAACACAUUCUUAUUCUCUGCCACUAUGACUAAUAAGGUUCAUAAGCUUCAGAGAGCUUCACUCAAAGAUCCUGUUAAAAUUGAAGUUUCUUCAAAGUAUCAAAUGGUUUCAACUUUAGUUGCUUAGUAUGCUUUCAUACCUGCCAAGUACAAAGACUGCUACCUUGUCUAUUCCCUCAAUGAAUUUGCAGGAAACACCUCAAUUAUUUUCGUUCAAACUUGCUUAAAUGCUAUCAAGUUAACUUUGAUGCUUAGAAAUCUUGGAUUCUCAGCUGUUACUAUCCAUGGUUAAAUGAGUUAGGUCAAGCGUUUGGGUGCUAUUAAUAAAUUUAAAUCAGGAGAGAAAAAAAUAUUAGUUGCUACUGAUGUUGCUUCUAGAGGUUUAGAUAUUCCAAGUGUUGAUUUAGUUAUAAACUACGAUAUUCCUACAAAUGCCAAGGAAUACGUCCACAGAGUAGGUAGAACUGCAAGAGCUGGUAGAGCUGGUAAAGCCAUUAGCUUUGUUACUCAAUAUGAUGUUGAAAUGUAUUUAAAGAUUGAAGCUUUGAUUGGUAAAAAACUUGAUCAAUAUAAAUGUGAAGAAUAUUAAGUUUUAGUUUUCAACGAAAGAGUUUAAGAAGCUCAAAGAAUCGCUGCAUAAGAAAUAAAAGAAAUUAUGGAAAAAAAGAACAAUCCUCUCCAUGAUGUUGAUGAUGAAGGUGAAAAAUACAGUAAGAAAAAUGCAAAUAACAACAGAAAGAAAAGCUUCAAUAAUUCUAAGAAUAUGAAAAAAAUGAAAAUAGAUAUUUGA